AUGGCCCGCUCCCUCGUUUUGACCGGUGCUGUGUUGCUUUGCAGUGGCGCGCUCUUCACAGCAUUCGUGGCUGCGCCUCGCGCCGCACCCGCCCCUGUUGCGCCCCAUGCGGCCACCGCAGCUUUGAGCGCCGUCACUUUGGUCGCACCUGAGGCUGCCCAUGCUGAGGGUGGCGCCGUGUGGAUCCCUGCGCUCUCCGCCAUCGGCGCCGGCUUCGCGAUCGGCCUUGCCGCCAUCGGCUCCGGCGUGGGUCAGGGCAUUGCCAGCGGCCGCUGCAUUGACGGAAUCUCCCGUCAGCCAGAGGAUCCCUACAGCUAUGUCGGAAACUCCCACAUUCCUGGAGCGGUGUACGUUAACGCACUAAGACUGACGGCCCGCUUCAAUGCAGAUUCCUUUCUCCUGAUAGGUGCCCUCUUCACCGCCUUCGUGGCCGCCCCCAAGGCUGCCCCGGCCCCAACCGCCCCCCAUGCAACUGCCGCAGCCUUGAGCGCUGUGACCCUGGUGGCUCCUCAGGCAGCUUAUGCCGAGGGCGGUGCCGUGUGGAUCCCGGCGCUCUCAGCCAUCGGUGCCGGCUUCGCCAUCGGACUUGCCGCCAUCGGCUCGGGCGUGGGCCAGGGCAUUGCCAGCGGCCGCUGCAUUGAUGGCAUCUCCCGCCAGCCAGAGGUGGCCGAUGACCUCCGGGGUGUGCUGCUGCUCUCCCUGGCUUUCAUGGAAUCCCUGACCAUCUACGGUCUCGUGAUUGCCCUGGUGCUCCUGUUCGCGAACCCACUGAUCAAGUGA